CAUCCAUCCACCCCCCAAUCUUUCCCAGUCAUUACUACCCUUUUGUUAUAAACAUCGUUACACCUACGGGUAUAUGAACAAACGUCCUCUUCCUUUUUUUGAUAUCAAUCAUCAAGCAUCAAAACAUCUUUUGUUUUUGGCUCUUACGUGUUCUUCUCUCUUCAAAUAAAACACACACACACACUUCUUCUCUCUUCACUCCAUUUCCCUAAUCUAAUAGCAAAUUCAUCUUUGUCUCUUCCUUCAACUCAACCAUACCCGCGUUUGUUUCUCAGUUGAACAAAUUAAUCCUCAAAUUCUUAUUUAUCUGAUUCUACAUCGAUGAAGGAAACUUCGUCUAAUUCGCCGUCAUUUCUAGAUCGUGUGAGCUUUUGGGAUAAAUCCAAGGCACAUGGCAACCCUACGACCUCGUCAGAUCUGAGUGGACCAACUCUUCCCUUGAGCAAUCCUUCUACUACCACCACGCAGAAUAACAACAACAACAACACUGCUACCUCCGUUCUUAACAAUGCAACCCAUACCCCAAGAAAUAAUGCAAAUUAUAAUGGCCUCAAGAACCAACGUUCAAAUCCCACAAGAAACAAUGUGGCAGACAAUACAUCCAACGUCCAUCCGCCACCAGCUCCACCUCCGCAAGUUGAUGGAGAGGGGAAUAUCAUAGAAUCGAGCGAGUCCGAGAAGCUCAAGAAGAAAAAUGUUGCCAUUCGAUUUUGGCUGACCGGCAAACAUAUUAUACUCUCAAGUGUUAUCAAUAUUUUGUUGGUAUUUGUACCGGUUGGUAUCAUCGCCUAUGCGAUUGGCCUCAGUCCAGGUAUCAUCUUUGCGAUGAAUGCUAUUGCUAUUAUACCUUUGGCAGGUUUGCUCAGUCAUGCUACUGAAAGUGUGGCUAAAAGAAUGGGUGAUACUAUUGGUGCUUUGAUGAAUGUUACUUUUGGUAAUGCUGUUGAGCUUAUCAUUUUUAUGUAUGUCUACCUCGUGAGAGAUCAAGACAAGAAAGUGCGAGAAGCCCUCUUAAAGGCAUUAUCAUAUCAAUCGCGUCCCAUAUCAUUAUACCCUUUCCAUUUCCCUUUGUCUCAUGCAAGUCCCUUCAUUGCAUUGCAAAAGAAUGAAAUCCGCAUCGUCCAAGCCUCCUUGCUCGGUUCGAUUCUUGCAAAUCUACUCUUGAUUCUAGGAAUGUGUUUUUUGGUCGGUGGACUUCGCUUCCGUGAACAGAUCUAUAACAGUACUGUCACACAAAUGAGUGCUUGCCUUUUAAGUUUGAGCGUCAUGAGUUUAUUGCUUCCGACUGCUUUCCAUGCAUCGUUCAAUACUACAACUGCUGCAGAUAAGGCUAACACCAAAGUUUUGCAAGUUAGUCGUGGUACUAGUGUCGUUCUCCUUUUGGUUUAUGCCAUGUACCUCUUGUUUCAAUUGAAGUCCCACGCAUAUAUGUAUGAAAGUACUCCUCAGCAUAUCAUUGAUGAGGAAUUAGCUCCUGGACCGGUUGCAGCUUGGAUGGACUCAUCAUCUGAUGAUUCAUCCUCCUCCAGCUCUGACUCUGAUGGCUCCAGCGGUUCCAAUACUACUGCCAAACGUGUAAAGAGACUCAUCAGAGGUGGUAGACGUCGCAAGUCAAGCUCAGCAUCGAAAGAUACUGUUGAAGUAGAGGCUCUUCGUACACCAUCUUUUGGUAAUAGCAGUCUCAACCAUGCAGCUGAAGGUAGUGGGUCCGCUGGUGAUGAUCAUCGUACAGGCGCUAUUGACUUUGCAGAGGAUGGUGAUGAUGAACGUCCUAGAAGAAGUCGCACUGGCUCAUUCACAAACUACGUCAUGACCAAAAAGGAACAUAAGAGAGAACGCAAGCAACAGAAAAAGGAACACAAAGCCCGCAAGAGAGCUCUCAGACAUCAAGAAACCAUCAAAGAAGGCGUUGUACCUGAAGUUGUCAAUGAGAAAUCUGCUGAAGUGGUACCAAAUGAUUCCGAUCCACGACGUGUUGAUUUUGCCAUUAUGGAAAAUCCUGAAAACCAGCAAGAUAACGCUCAAAAACGACCAUUUACUCUUCGCGGAAUCACCUCUGGCAUUCGACCUCAAAUUCCAAAGACAUUCUCUCAAAAUGUCUUUACUAAUCCUGCACCUACUGGUACUCCACCCCCUGGAAAUAUUCCUCGCGUUCGUAUGGGAAUUCGUCGCACGAAUUCUUUACCUGAUCGUCUCAAUCAAACCGUAUCAAAUCCAGCUAAUCCCACCCCAUCAAACCUUGCACCUAUUCGCAUUAACAGCACAGCUGUUGCAGUCAAUAAGGUUCCCAUGGAUGAUGAGGACGAAAAUAUUUCUCGCACUACAGCCGUCGUUUUACUUCUUCUUUCUACUGGUCUUGUAGCUUGUUGUGCCGAAUUCAUGGUUGAUAGUAUCAAUGCUGUCGUUGAAGGUAAUUCCGGUUUGAGUGAGGCUUUCAUUGGUCUCAUUAUCCUACCUAUUGUUGGUAAUGCUGCCGAGCACGUUACAGCCGUUACGGUAGCUAGUAAGAAUAAAAUGGAUUUGGCAAUCGGUGUAGCCGUUGGUUCAUCUAUUCAAAUCGCUCUCUUCGUCACUCCCUUCAUCGUUCUCCUCGGCUGGUGUAUGUCUCGAGAAAUGACAUUGUACUUUACGCUCUUUGAAACCGUCUGUCUCUUCGUCUCGGCCUUUAUCGUCAAUUUCUUGGUUCUCGAUGGUCGAUCCAAUUACCUCGAAGGUGCCCUUCUUUGCGCAGCUUAUGUCAUUAUCGCCGUCGCGGCUUUCUUCUAUCCAGCAGAAGGUGAUCAGAGUAAUUUGGGCGGAAAUUCUGAUGCGGCGAAGAUGUUAGUGAGAAGUAUUGUGGGAAUUUAAUCGCGAUGAUGAUGUAUGGAGGCGGAUUGGGAUGGAAUGGAAUGGGUGAUGGUUUUAUGGUGGAAUGAGAUGGAGGGGGUUUUUUUUCACGAUGAAGGUGGAUUCAUAUUAUGAUUGAGAUGUUAUGAUGGAUGAUGGAUGAAUGGUGGUGGGUAAUGAUUGAUCGAAUGAUACUUUUUUCUCUUUCGCUUCUUGAGCUGGUUUGGUGAUUGAUGGAAUUGCUUUGGUGAUUGAUUGAUGAACGGAUUGAUGAACGGAUUGAUGGAUUUAUGAAUCGAGUUUUCGCUCGAGGACUUUCUUUCCUUCUUACUUACUUUCUUUCUUUCUCGAUCAGAAUUGAUAUUGGAUAGCUAGCUAGCCAAUUUCUUCCUCUCUUCCUCUUCCUCUUCAUCUAACUUCUUCACGACCAGUACUCCUACUCCUACUCCCACAGUAGAUAAGUAGAUAGUCCAAACGCCGAAGAAUACUUAACUUGAACUUUUCUCUCUUUUUCCCAUCAAUUUUUAAUUAUCUAAUUAGCUAGCUAUGAUGCAAUACAAUGCAAUGCAAUGCAAUACUAUUUCUAUUCU